CAACCCCAAGCGGAGCGAGAGGCGUGGGAGCCCCGGUGAGAGAGAGAGAGAGGAGGAGACGGAGGGCAGAGAGAGGCAGCAUCUGUCGGAGGCCACACGAGGAAUUCCGACGAGCAGCACCUGCCACAGGCGCCCGGCCACAGCAAUCACAGGACCGCCGUGGUAGCCCCCGCUGCGAUGCCGGCAGCGCGACCGUACCGCGACCAGAGCUACUCGGCACUGCGCAAGGGAUGCCUUGGGCGCCGGGAGCUCUUCACGGACCCGCACUUCCCGCACGUCAACGCGUCGCUCUUCUACCAGAAGAGCCCCCCCGGGGAGAUCGUGUGGAAGCGGCCCGGGGAGCUGUGCGAUGACCCGCGUCUCUUCGUCGAUGGCAUCAGCGCCCACGACCUGCAGCAGGGCUCCCUGGGGAACUGCUGGUUCGUGGCGGCCGCCUCCUGCCUCACCCUGCACCAGGAGCUCUGGACCAAGGUGAUCCCCGACCACAAGGACCAGGAGUGGGACCCGGCGCACCCCGAGAAGUACGCGGGGAUCUUCCACUUCCGCUUCUGGCGGUUUGGCGAGUGGGUGGACGUGGUGGUGGACGACUCGCUGCCCACGCACCGCGGCCGGCUACUCUUCUGCCACUCCAACACCAGCAACGAGUUCUGGUCGGCGCUCCUCGAGAAGGCCUACGCCAAGCUGUGCGGCUGCUACGAGGCGCUGGAUGGCGGCAACACGAGCGACGCCCUCGUGGACUUCACGGGCGGCAUCUCCGAGUCCAUCGACCUGGCCGAGGAGAAGUUCUCUGAGAAGGACGCGGAGAGAGCUGCGCUCUUCAGCAGCAUGCUCAAGGCCUACGGGCGCGGCGGGCUGCUCAGCUGUUCCAUACGCGCUCUGGCCUCGACAGAGAUGGAGGCGCGUCUGGACUGCGGCCUGGUGAAGGGUCACGCGUACUCGGUGACCGCCGUGCGCCGCGUGCGGCUAGGCGAGGGCCUAGUCGCGUUCUUCCGCGCGGAGCGCCUCAACAUGAUCCGCAUGCGCAACCCCUGGGGCGAGAAGGAGUGGAACGGGGCCUGGAGCGACGGCUCCGAGGAGUGGGCUCGUGUCAACAAAGGCGAGAGAGAGAAGCUCGGCGUCACCGUUUCCGAUGACGGAGAGUUUUGGAUGACGUUUGAUGAUUGGUGCAAGCACUUUACAGACCUCGUGGUUUGUCGCAUCAUCAACACCUCGUACUUCAGCUUCCACAAGACGUGGGAGGAGGUGAUGCUGCGGGGCCAGUGGCGUCACCACGACGACCCCCACACCAACCGCGCGGGCGGCUGCAUCAACGACCGCACGCUCUUCCUGCAAAACCCACAGUUCGUGUUCGACGUGAAGAAGGAGACGGACGCCAUCCUCGUGUCCCUGCAGCAGCGCGACCGCCGGGAGCACCGCAAGGAGGGCGCCGGAGAGAACCUGGCCAUGGGCCUCGAGAUAUUCAGGGUGGAGCAGAACCGCAAGUACCGCGUGCACACGAUCCAGGAGAAGAUGGCCGAGUCGGUGUACAUCAACUCAUGCAGCGUGUUGAUGCGCAAGGAGCUGCCGCAGGGCCGCUAUGUGGUGGUGCCCACCACCUUCCAGCCGGCAGAGGAGGGAGACUUCCUCCUCCGCGUCUUCACCGACGUCAAGUCCCAGUGCCGGGAGCUGCACAAGCACGCGCCAAAGCCGGGCUGCUGCACGUUUCUGGUCGGGUACCCCGUGCGCGUCACGUCCGUCCACCUGCUCAGCGCCGUGGGGCUGCCCGGGGCAGGAAGCAGCUGGUACGCAGUGGUGCGGGCCGAGGGCACGAAGGUUCGCUCCCGCGUGUACAAGAACAGCAGCCCCGAGUUUGACGCGCGCGCCAUCUUCUACCGCAAGAAACCGAACAGCCCCGUCACCGUUGAGGUGUGGGAGAAGGGCGUCCUGUCGGACUCGCUGCUGGGCCGCGUGGCCGUGCCCUCGGAGCCCACGCAGCAGAAGGAGCUCCACGUGCUGCGCCUGGAGCGCAAGGGCCAGGAGCUGGCCAGCAUGGUCAACGUGUGGGCCAGCACGCGCGACGCCCUCGACGAGCUGUGACGGCACUGCCUGCUGCACCGUGUGGACCGCACUCUGUGUGUGUGGACUGUGGUCUGUGUGUGUGUGGACUGUGUCUGCGUGUGUCCAACUGCAUCUGUGUGUGUUGACCACACUGUGUCUGGACCGUGUCUGCAUGUGGACUGGUCUGUGUCUGUGGAUUUUAUCUUUGUGUGUGGACCGCGUCUGCUUGUGUUGACCAUACUGUGUGUCUGUGUGUGUGGACUGCGUUUGUGUGUUUACUGUAGUGUGUGUACCGUGGUGUGUGUGGGUCACACUCACACACACCUCGCCACACACACACCCGCCUCUCAAACGUUCUUGCGUUUUAAAACAUUCCUUAUGUAGCAUGUUUACAGUACAUACAGUGCACUUGGCAGUCAUGCUGAUUCAGGGAUUCUCAUGCUGUGCACAAAUCUCCCUCUCCUGGGCAGUGCCACCCCCAGUGCAGCUGCACCGCCUGCAUACCCAACAGCUAUGCCACCGUGGAGUCUGACAUUGAAAUCCAUGCACUCAUAUAGACCAAUAGAUUUGCCAGAGCUGCAUGGACUCGCACAGAGAACCAAGGACUCAUAUGUACACUCAUGGACUCACAUAGAGACCCAUAGACUCACUGAGACCUUUAGACUUAGAGAGACCAAUAUAUUUGCAUAGAGGCCCAUAGACUCACAUAGACGCCCAUCAACAGGAGUUGGCAGUGGCCGUGGUGGAAGGAGUGCAGUGGGUGGGGGGUUGGUGAGGGGGGCUGUACAAUUUAUCGCCCCUCCCCCACCGCCAUUUUAAUCUGGCGGUGUCGUCAUCCUACUCGCCACCGUGUGAUUGGCUGCCGACUGUCGUCUUGCUGGGCCAGUCAACGUUAAGCUUCAUAUACUAAUUAUCUUGUUUUAUAAUCAUUAUCUUGUUUUAUAAUAAUUAUCUCGUCUUAUAAUAAUUAUCUUGCUUUGCACAGCUCUCAACCCAUACGGUUUACCCCAUAUGCUUGUACAGGGAAACACAUUUUCAGGUCCAUACGGCCGCCAGCCGUUUCAAUAUGGGCAAACAAUAUGUAUCUGUGUAUCUCCCUUGUGAUGGGAGUUUGUAAUGAUGAACGUUGAGAUUUAGAAGGGCACGGAGUGACCAAUACGGUCUGACUUGGUCUGUGAUAAGCUAGGCACUGAUACGGUGUUGACGGAUAUGUUACACUGCUUACGUCGAAUAUACGAUGAUGACUUAUAAUGAUGACGAGGGCUAGGUAAGGGAAUAGAACUUAGGUUGCGGGGGUUCGGAGCGCAGUGCGCUAAACCACUGCGUUCGUAUUAUUAUGCAUCACUAUCUCUGAAAUGUAUACAAUGUGUUUGUGCCUGUGUGUCAAAUGUUUAUAAUGUUAAGCUCCGUGUAUCACUCGAGACAAUGGGAUCUUUGCCCAGCUGCUCACAUGAGCGUUGAGCCAUUGGUGGGCAUCUCCUGUUUACAGCCCGGCAGAGCCAACGGUGGGAAUUCCAAUGGCGGGUGCAUAGUCUCAUAAAGAGACCCAUUCACUCGGAGAGCCACAGAUGCACAGAGACACACUCUCACAAAGAGACUAUAGACUCGCAUCAUGACUCAUAGAUGCAAAGAGAGACCCAAUCUCACAAACGCAUACUAUCACAGAGACCCUCAGACUCACAGAUUCAGACUCCCAUAGUGACCGAUAGUCACAUAGAGACCCAUAGUCUUAUAGUAACCCAUAGACUCGCAGAGACCCAGUUUCACGUAGACAUACAGUCGAACGGUGACCCAUAAACUCGCACAGCGAUCCACAGACUCGCAUAGUCACCGAUAGACUCAGAGACCCAUAGACUCAUAUAGAGACCCAUAAACUCGUAUGGAGACCCAUAGACUCACAUGGAGACCCAUAGACUCAUAUGGAGAACCAUAGACCCUCGCAUAGAUAAUCCGAGAGGAUAGUUCCCUUACAACCAGCAAUGACGCGAGCAAAGUUAUUACAGGGCUGCACCUAGUAUAUGCAUUAGGUCGACUCAGCCUAAAAUGAUUACCUGGUGCCAUAUGUGUAAAAACAAUGCCACUAGGGAGACAAAGGCAGUCGGGCGUGGUGUUGACCACCCACCCCGUCGUGUGCCGAUGCUACUCGCUAACAGCACUUGCCCCCCCCCAACAGCCCGUUAAGGCUUGACGGCGGAGGGGAUAUUUUGUCUUUUAUACGAGUGUGUGGUGAAUGUUACGAUGGGUGCCAUUGACUUCACGGGUUUCCCAAGGGGGGCGGGGGGCGGGAAGCAGUCGCCUGUUGUGGAGAAGAGGGGAACUCGUGAAAGGGCCCGGCCAGGGCCGUGGUGAGAGCCAGUCGGGCCAAAGGUCGUUGAGCUUUUGCCGUCACGUGCCGGUGGACAUCUUUUUUAAGGGGCAGCCGGUCGGGGAGAUGGAGCGGCGCGCAUGUAAUGCCGUCCACAUGUUUACCGUCUGCGGAAUAAUAAAAUCAAA